AUGAUAUGCAGGGGGCAAAGCAUCCUUAGGGGACCAGGCCCAGAAGGUCUGGUCAGGAUCGCAGAGAGGCUGUGGGCAGGGUCGCGGCUUCCGGGCCCGCGGUCCCCACCCUCCCAGCGGGAGGAGACGGGAGGCGGGGAGGUGGCUGCGCCCUCCGCCGCUGCUGCCGCCCCCCGCGCGCUCCCCACCCCCUCAAGGUUGGGCCGCUGGGACCCGGAUCCGUGGACAGACAGCAGCCCGCAGGACGGCGGAAGGACGCGCACCGAGGUGCAGAGGUCCGGCCGCCCGCCCGCCGAGGAGUCGCCUGCCCAGGGCCCCGGCCAGUGCCCAGCCCCGCUGGGAGCCCCGGCCAGCACCACGGACGGCGCCCAGGAAGCCCGAGUCCCCCUGGACGGGGCCUUCUGGAUUCCGAGGCCCCCCGCAGGUUCGCCCAAGGGCUGCUUCGCUUGCGUGUCCAAGCCUCCCGCCCUGCAGGCUCCAGCGGCCCCUGCCCCUGAGCCCUCUGCCUCUCCCCCGAUGGCGCCCACACUGUUCCCCAUGGAGUCCAAGAGCAGCAAGACCGACAGCGUUCGGGCCGCCGGCGCUCCCCCGGCCUGCAAGCACCUUGCCGAGAAGAAGACGAUGACCAACCCCACGACCGUCAUCGAGGUCUACCCGGACACCACCGAGGUGAACGACUAUUACCUGUGGUCCAUCUUCAACUUCGUCUACCUCAACUUCUGCUGCCUGGGCUUCAUCGCCUUGGCCUACUCUCUCAAAGGAUGGGGCCAGCAUGGGGCUGAAGAGGGCUUGGAGUCCUCCCCUUGCAGAAAGGAAGAGAGGCCACCUUCUUAUCUGGCUCCUCACCCGGGAGCCCAAGGGUGGGUACUUAGGCAGCUCAGCCCAGCCCUCCUUGGAAGCCAGUGCUGGGUGGCCAGGGUGGCCCAGGGAAGGAGGUGUCAACAUAUCCCGCGCCUCCCCAGGCCCCACCCUGAGAGGGCAUGGCUUCCAGAAGCCCCCUCUGUGCUGCGAGAAUAGCUGGCUGGGAGCAGAGCAGGUGCUGGGCAGACGUGACCCUGUCGCACCGAGGGCAGGUGGAGCGAAAGGGACCGAGGUGGUGGGAGGGGAGCCGAGAUGGGCUCACACUGAGGGGGCAGCCCCGUGUAAGUGUGUCCAGUGCUGGAGCCCUUCCUGGGGGAGGGAGUGUGAAGGUGAGGGCAGGCCGGUGCCCUCCUCCCCACCCUGACGCACCGGAAGGAAGGGCUUGGCUCACGUUUAGCCCGAUCAUCACAUUUCCCCAGCCCAGUGGCCAAGGCCAGAUGUACUCCACUGAUGCAGCUGCCCUGCAGGGUGGGGGGAAGACGGGGGAUGUGGGGAGGGAAGAGGUUGGGCAGAGGCUGGCUGGGAGGAAGGAUGCCUGGCCAGCUUCACUUCUGCUCCAUCCUUGAGCUCAGCCCCACCCCACCUGGCAUCACAACUGGCCCCGGCUUUCCCGUCCUGCUCCUGAGUCAUCAUCAUUGCCAGAUCCAGUGUUGCCCACUGGCACGUGCCUUCCUCCCCUCGGGCCUGAGGACCCAUCCCUGGGCUCUACCACAGGGGCCUGUGUGUGGGCAUGUGCCAGUGUGCAUGUACUCGCGAGGGUGAAAUUGCAUAAAUGGGCAUGUACUGAGUGUAACUGUGUGUGUGUGCAUGUGAAUGCAUGGUGUGUAUGAGUGUGUACAUAUAUUUUGUGCAAAUGUGUGCAUGUGUAUGAGUGUGUGU